AUGCUAUGUGCACGAUUGUUCUAUGACUUUCCACAACCAAAGUUUUGGAUGCUCUCUGGAAAUUUGAUGUAUUCAAACAGAAGAAGGUUUGCUUCACGGUGCCUCGUCGAGAAUCACUCGGGAAAAGCCCCCAGGAGUCAGAGGGUUUGUUCUCCAACCCGGGCCCGCCGCGUUUAUCAUUCUGUGGGAAUAAAGGCAUGCGCCGCCGGCCCACAAGAACUUCGAAAGCAACUGCUGGACCUGGUGGAUAGCUUUGGACGGCUUGGCGGAAAGAACCAAUCGGCUGUUGAUGACAUAGAAGACGCUCUGAGCGCGCUGUUGAGCUCGCGCGGCAGCGACAGCUCUUCCAGCCUGCUGGCGAAUGACCUUGACCCAAGCCUCACAGCCGGAUGGGAAGAGCGCUUGGAGGGCCGUUGGAAUCUACGCUACUCGACAGAGGGGCCGCUUCUGCAGUUGAUGACGAAUCAAGCAUUGCCGUUCUUAUCGACGGGGCAAGUGUAUCAGCUGUUUCGCGGAGAUGGCACACUGCAGCAAGACUGUGCCGGCCGUUCUGAGCGUCGGCGUCGACUAUGUCGCUAG